AUCCGAGUGACACGAUAAAAGUUUCGAUCGUAGCCGUUGGGUUGGAUUGAGGAAACACAAUGUUCAAAUGUUAUAACCGUCGGAUGAGAGAAGUAAGAAAGCACAAGAGCGUAUCGUGAUAACCCUUUCGUUGGGUAUUAUAAAUAACCAUUCAACGGCAAUUGUGGCCACCACAACCAUAAAACUUCGAUAAUCCGCGAUUACUGUCUCUCUCUGCCCAAAGGAGGCUUAAAAAAAAGAAAGAAGAAGAAGUCAGCGCAAGCGAAGAAGAGAUGGCUCGUACCAAGCAAACCGCUCGUAAGUCCACUGGAGGAAAAGCUCCAAGGAAGCAACUUGCUACUAAGGCUGCUCGUAAAUCCGCACCAACCACCGGUGGAGUCAAGAAACCACAUCGUUACCGUCCUGGAACUGUCGCUCUCCGUGAAAUCCGCAAGUACCAGAAGAGUACAGAGUUGCUGAUCAGGAAGCUCCCAUUCCAGAGGCUUGUCCGUGAGAUUGCUCAAGAUUUCAAGACUGAUUUGCGUUUCCAGAGCCAUGCUGUGUUGGCUCUCCAAGAAGCUGCAGAAGCUUAUCUUGUUGGUCUCUUUGAAGACACUAACCUUUGUGCCAUUCACGCCAAGCGUGUCACCAUUAUGCCUAAGGAUAUUCAGUUGGCUCGUCGUAUCAGAGGCGAGCGUGCUUGAGCCAAACCCGAAACCAGUCAAUGUUAACCUCGCUUUGCGGAUUUGGUUCAAGAUUGGUGAAUGUACUAGUUUUUUUAUGAUAAGCAAGCUCUCUCCAUUGCUGUCUUAGGGUCAAAAACCAAAGUAGUAGUCAGAAUGUUGUCUUCUUUCCGUUAUGUGUGUUGCAAACUCUUUUUAACUCUUUUGUCACCAAUCUUCUCUUUCGUUGAGUUUUCUCUAUAAUUAAAAAGUUUGUGAAAAAUUUCUAAACUA